CUGCUUUUCUAGAGAUGACUGGUUUUGUUCCGGCCGUGACGAGAUUCACUUUGAAAGUUGGGGGUGAUAAAAUGGGGAAAACACUAGAUGAUGCAGUGCAAGAGAUCCUGACAUGAGAAUCAUUCUGGACCCUUAGAUAAAAGGAGUAAUGUAUUGAAGAUCCUCCAAGAUUGUUAUUUAGAUUUGUGCUCAUGUCAUAUUGAGUGGGCUGUACAUUGGUCAGUUGAAGAUGGUGGUAGAACAGCAGGUUUUAUUGCAGUCUAGACUGUUCAUGAGAUUCAUUUCAGAGACAUUAACUGAAUGCAUCUUGUUUAAUGUUUAGAUCUACUGCGUGUGCUUUUAUUUGCAUUUGGUCAGAGAGCCGUCAUGUAAAUCAGCACCAUAAAAAUAGAAGAGGCAGAAAAAACAAAGAAAGCUCUGUACUGGCUUUAGUUUCCUCUUCAGCUACAGGCAGGAUAAACAGCAGGGAGGACACGCAGACACUAAUAGAGCAGCUUUACCAGCAGUAACAGUCAUGAGUUCAGCUCUGUAUCUGGUCCUGCUUUUCUCAGCUCUGUGGACGCUCACCUUCUGUGGGACUCGUCAGUUUUAUGUGGUGAAUGAAAAUAAGACCUGGACCAAAGCUCAGAAACACUGCAGAGAGAAAUACACUGACCUGGCCACCAUUGAGAGCCAAGAGGAGAUGAACGCUCUGGUAGCUGUUCUCAAUGGGAAAACAGGCCGUUUCUGGAUUGGACUGAGUCAGAAAGAAAAUGCGAACAACAGUUGUUUCCAAGGAGCUGCAGGACCGCAGAUGGCUGGGGGCAUCAACCGGUGCUGGACGUGGUCAGAUGGGAGUUACUUCUCAUACAGCAACUGGAACUCUGGGGAACCAAACAACGCUGGCACUGAUAACUGUGGAGAGUUACGGAGUGAAGAUAAAUACAGGUGGAAUGAUGCAGACUGCAGUCACACAAAUCAAUUUGUCUGCUAUAACAAGAUUCCACUCAUCCUGAUUAAUCAGACCAAGACGUGGAGAGAAGCUCUGAGCUACUGCAGAGAGAAUCAUGUGGAUCUGGUUUCUGUUCACACUGAGGAAAUCCAGCACUGGGUGGAAACAGCUGUUUAUUAUGCCUCCACUGCUAAUGUGUGGAUGGGUCUGCGUCACACCUGCACCCUGAAUAUCUGGGUCUGGGUGAAAGGAGAGUUCAUCUGCUACCAGAACUGGGCUCCGGGGAACGGGACAGGGGUGGAAGACUGCAGUAGAGGAGAAAGAACAGGAGCGGUGCAGUCUGGGAGUAAGCAGUGGGUCAGUCUGCCAGAGGAUCAGAGACUCAACUUCAUCUGCACUGUUUAGGAGCUCUAGAAGAGGAUGCAGGCUGUUCAAAUGGAUCCUCAUAGUUCAGGAUCAGACUGACAUGUGAUAGCCAUUUCUUCAUCAUCCAAACACAACAAUUCAGUUUAAUAAGAGAAAUAUUCAUAUAUUACUGAGACAGCUCUUUUUUUUAAAUGAGGGGGGGAUUAGACUCAUAAUGCAAAUGCAUAUUUCUUUUAAUCAUCAUUGGUAGAUCAGACACAAAGUACAGCAUGCUAGAUCAUUUCUGAAGAGAAAGGUGGGUGUGGUGAAAAUACUAAAUGUUUAAAUAGGAUAUAAUCUGAUGCUCUGACAUGGUUUCACUCUUCUGUGCUAAUAACUGUUAUUUUUUAUCGUUGUAUCAAACUUCAAUUCACACAACAGUUUACAUUUAAAUUAGAAAUGUUUGUAAACUGUAUUUGAGCUGUUUGUCUUUAUCUGUAUGUAGGGUUCGAAACUUGUGCUGUGUGUGUGAUACAAACACUUUUCUUCUUAAUGUCUAUAUUUUCCAAAGAACAUAAAUUAAAGGCUUGUUUUACAAUGUAUAAGCCAAAAUACUGAAUUGCAGGUUUAAAGGAAUGAAUUGUUAGUUUUCUUUCUGUUUUGAAUUAUAAAGAUUCUUCACACAGUCCCACUUCAUAUUAAGUGUAUCUAAUAACUGUGUAGUUACAUGUGAACUGUUCCAGGUGGUUUACAGAUGUCCACCUUAUGUAAUUAAACAAGUGUAUCAAGCCUAUUCUCUCUCAUAUAAUUACAAAAUGGUAAUAACAUAAAUGUAAUUACAUUGUAAUCAGACUGGAACAGCAGGUGUUUUUCUGUGUUUUCUUUCCAGCAGUAAAAGUAUGCAAUAACUUACAUUAAGACAUUACUUACACUGUAUCUGCCAGCUUUUCUAACAUUUAGCCAGAAUUUAU